CUCCAGAUAGCGAGUUCUUUCGGCCCCUCUCACCUCCUUCGUACUCUCAGAACGUACUCGAGGGGACAACCUUACAUAUUCAUUUCAUUUCAAUCAGCCUCGCCUCUUGUGGUUGUAUCCUCGCUGUCCCGAAAGCGUGCGCCUGGAAUCUACAGGUGGCGUGAGAAGGAUAGAUCAAGCCUUCCUCAACCGCCUAGCCACUCUUUCAUAUUCAUCGCAUCGCUGUGAUCGUGCCUCUUACGACAAGACUUACCCCUCAACAUGACGACGGCAGUGGCGCUGGGAACGCCUUUGGCGGAAGCUCUCAGCAACACCAUUCCAUCUAAGGUGGCGGAGAUGGGCUGGAGCACUGGGGGCGGCGAGGACUCUGCUUUGACAGAAUACAUAAUCUUGAUGUUGGUGAAUGGAAAGACGCAAGAACAGAUUUCAAAUGAACUCUCAAAUGAUCUGCUUGGCCUCGGGGAGGAUGACACGCAAGCCCUCGAGUUCUCAAGGUGGCUUUUCGAGCAAGUUGAAAUGUUGGAUCGGCAGUUCAACGGAGGCGGAAAUCCGGAUCAGCAAUCUACUCAGGCCAUACCUUCCUUCAACGACCAAGAGACAUCAGGUGCUCAGCCCGGUGGACUGAGUGCUGGCACGCAGGACACUCAGAUGGGCGAGACAUCUCCCCAAGCAGAGUCAGUACCUACAGGACCCAAGGCUAUGCGGAAUGGUCGACAAGGUGGUCGCGGUCGGAUGUUGGGCCAAAUCAACAAGACGCUGGAUCGAGGUAAUGAUUCAAUGCUCCAUCGGGUCAGAGGAGGAUCGGGGUCUGGACGGGUCAACAGCCAUGGACGAGACCAGCACAAGGGACCGAGAUCUUUUCAGAAUGGUAGAGGCAUGGGCAACGGUAGACAGACGGGUGGAAUGGGAAUGGGAAUGGCUGGAGGCCUGAUGUCAGGUGGCUCUGCUGCUGCCAAUGUCAUGCAGAUGAACCCCGAGAAUCAGAUGCAGCUGAUGGCCCUCCUGGAGGAGCAAGCAAGAAUGAUGGCACAGCUGAUGCCUGGAAUGGUGCCUCCUGCUAUAAACCCAGCUUUUCAGCAAGGUGGCCGACCUCGACAAGGACGGUCGCUGUUCGAGCGAAUCGAGCGCCAGCCACAAAGGGGUCAGCGGCAUGGAAACCGCAGCCAGGAUGCUACGGCCACGGAUGGCGAUAUGGAUACGAACCCCGACAAUGCCUCGAAAGGAAACGAGCAGGGAGAGGUCAAUACGGACAAUGUCUGCCAUUGGAACCUUCGCUGUACCAAGAAAGACUGUCCCUUUGCACAUCAGUCGCCAGCUGCCCCCGAAGGCACGCCUGUCGAUGUUACGGAUCGUUGUCCAUACGGCGCCGCCUGCAAAAAUAAGAAAUGCACUGGACGUCAUCCGUCACCCGCGGUCAAGGCAGUGCACCAGGCGGAUGAGCCUUGUCGAUUCUUCCCUCACUGCACUAAUCCAAGCUGCCCGUUCAAACAUCCGACGAUGCCGCUUUGCCGUAAUGGUGCUGACUGUACCGUUACCGGAUGCAAGUUCACUCAUUUGCAGACACCAUGCAAAUUCAAUCCUUGUCUUAAUCCAAAUUGCCCCUACAAGCAUGCUGAAGGUCAGAAAGGAUCAUUUGCCGACAAGGUAUGGACCGCUGAUUCGGCUCAAAAGAAGGAACAUGUCAGUGAGAGGAAAUUUAUCGACGAGAGCGCGGAGGAAGAGCUCAUCAAACCUGGUGCAUCUGUGGCAGAUGGCUCUCAUAACCAGGAAGUGAUGACCUAGGAAAUUUUUGUAAUCAAGGCGCGUGUUUAAUGGCAGUGGCGCCUUGUUCAGAUGUAUGCGUGUUAUGAUAUUUUGGGGUUUAUACUAGGCUUUAUACCGGGACAUUCUGUCUGUGAUGAGAGGGUGAAUGACUGAUGGGAAGGGCGUUGGAUUUGUCAGAAUUCUAUCCAAAAGAUUUGACAUCAACCUGUAAAUAGCACUGUAAUAUCAUCAUGGCCGUCAUAGACGUUGCAAAGAAAUAUUCUUUACUGAACAUCUGCCAAGCAGG